GCUCCCGCUCAGAGCGCUCCGGGCGAGGAGAGCGGGCGGGCGCCGGGGGCAGGCGGGCGGGAAGCCAGGUGCACGGGGGGAGGCGCGGGGCCAGCCCCGCGGCCCGGGCGCUGCAGCCCGCGGCGUCGGGGCCCCGGCCUUGGCCCUCGGCGCGUCCCUCGCACCGGGGUUCUGCGCCCAGGGCGCACGGCGGGGAGGGACGCGGCACCUGCCGCCAUGGAGCCGUCCCCCUCUGCGGACGCCGAGCUGCAGCCCCCGCUCCUAGCCAACUCUUCAGACGCCUUCCCCAGCGCCUUCCCCAGCGCCGGCGCCAAUGCGUCGGGGCCGCCGGGCGCCCGGAGCGCCUCGUCCCUCGCCCUGGCUAUCGCCAUCACCGCGCUCUACUCGGCCGUGUGUGCCGUGGGGCUGCUGGGCAACGUUCUUGUCAUGUUUGGCAUCGUCCGGUACACUAAGAUGAAGACAGCCACCAACAUCUAUAUCUUCAACCUGGCCCUGGCAGAUGCACUGGCCACCAGCACACUGCCCUUCCAGAGUGCCAAGUACCUGAUGGAGACAUGGCCCUUUGGAGAACUGCUCUGCAAGGUUGUGCUCUCCAUUGACUACUACAACAUGUUCACCAGCAUCUUCACACUCACCAUGAUGAGUGUCGACCGCUAUAUUGCUGUCUGCCACCCUGUCAAGGCCCUGGACUUCCGCACACCUGCCAAGGCCAAGCUGAUCAACAUCUGCAUCUGGGUCCUGGCCUCAGGUGUUGGUGUACCCAUCAUGGUCAUGGCCGUGACCCGCCCCCGGGACGGGGCAGUGGUAUGCACGCUCCAGUUCCCCAGCCCCAGCUGGUACUGGGAUACGGUGACCAAGAUCUGCGUGUUCCUCUUCGCCUUCGUCGUGCCCAUCCUCAUCAUCACCGUGUGCUACGGCCUGAUGCUGCUGCGCCUGCGCAGCGUGCGCCUACUCUCGGGCUCCAAGGAGAAGGACCGAAGCUUGCGGCGCAUCACGCGCAUGGUGCUCGUGGUGGUGGGCGCCUUCGUGGUGUGCUGGGCGCCCAUCCACAUCUUCGUCAUCGUCUGGACGCUGGUGGACAUCGACCGCCGCGACCCGCUCGUGGUGGCCGCGCUGCACCUGUGCAUCGCUCUCGGCUACGCCAACAGCAGCCUCAACCCCGUGCUCUACGCCUUCCUGGACGAGAACUUCAAGCGCUGCUUCCGCCAGCUCUGCCGCAUGCCCUGCGGCCGCCCGGAGCGGAGCAGCUUUAGCCGCGCCCGCGAAACCACGGCCCGCGAACGGGUCAGCGCCUGCACCCCGUCCGACGGUCCCGGCGGGGGGGCGGCCGCGUGACCGCGCCGGCCCGCCCCGCCGCCGUCCUCCCACUCCCCGGGGUGACCUGGCCGACUCCCCGGGCUCGCAGGGGGCGGGGCCGCGACGCGGAGUGGGGCCGAACAGGGCCCCUGUUUUGGAGAAGGGGGCCGUGCUGGAGCGGAGGCAGGGGCCGAGAGA